AUGACUACUCAUCAGCGUCUCCCCUUGAACCUCAGUUCAGUCAAAUCUAGGUUUACAUAUAGGUUCCUUAAAGCCCUGAACAAACUGAACAAGAAUAGACCUGCUUCACCAUCUAUCAGAGAGACUUACAGGAGAUAUCAUUUGAUUAGGGUUGCAUCCUAUGCAUCGAUGGCUUCCGCGGUCAGACCGAGGAGACCUUGGAGUCAGGCGACUCUUUGGAUGAUUCGGAACCGUACAUUUCACCGUGCUUUGAUGAAACGAAGCCGAACCCAUUCCUUAAUGAGAAAAGUUGCAAGAGGAAACCCUAGAGAAGAGCAAGGUUUUGAGCAGGUAUGUGAUCUUCGGAAGCUUGUGCCAGGCGCAGCCCAAGAAAUCUUUGCAAGAUCUGCCAAGAAAAUAGAGUAUAUUGGGCAUGUAGAUCGAGAAAAAAUUGUGAGCCACGAGUUUAGGCUUGAAGCUGAACCAUUCUACCUAAAGGUAAGUGAUUAUGCUAAAGAUGCCUUUGCCUACGUUAAUGGUGAUGUAAUGGAUUUCGAAGUUUGA